AUGGUAUUUACUCGUUCCCUUUCCCGUCAAUUGGGACGGCCCCUCCUCUCCAAGCCAUUCGCGACCAGCCCCUUCACCCGGGCUUCACCGAUGGCUGGCUCUUUCUCCGGUGUUCGUAGGCUAACCGCGACUGCCAACCUUCAGGGUAAAGUUCUUCUCGUUCUGUACGAUGGUGGUGAGCACUCCAAGCAGCAGCCUCAGCUGCUCGGUACCACCGAGAACGAGCUUGGUAUCCGCAAGUGGCUCGAGGAUCAGGGUCACACCCUGGUGACCACCUCUGACAAGGAGGGUGAGAACUCCACCUUCGACAAGGAGCUUGUCGAUGCCGAAGUUAUCAUCACCACCCCCUUCCACCCCGGUUACCUGACCGCUGAGCGUCUGGCCAAGGCCAAGAACCUCAAGCUCGCUGUCACUGCCGGUAUCGGUUCCGACCACGUUGACCUCAACGUCGCCAACGUCACCAACGGUGGUAUCACCGUUGCUGAGGUCACUGGCUCCAACGUCGUCUCCGUCGCUGAGCACGUCGUCAUGACCAUCCUCCUCCUCGUCCGCAACUUUGUCCCCGCCCACGAGCAGAUCAAGAACGGUGACUGGGACGUUGCCGCCGUCGCGAAGAACGAGUUCGACCUCGAGAACAAGGUUGUCGGUACCGUCGCUGUCGGCCGUAUCGGUGAGCGUGUCCUCCGCCGCCUCAAGCCCUUCGACUGCAAGGAGCUCCUCUACUUCGACUACCAGCCCCUCUCCCCCGAGACCGAGAAGGAGAUCGGCUGCCGUCGCGUUGAGAACCUCGAGGAGAUGCUCGCCCAGUGUGACGUUGUCACCAUUAACUGCCCCCUCCACGAGAAGACCCGUGGUCUCUUCAACAAGGAGCUCAUUUCCAAGAUGAAGCCCGGUGCUUGGUUGGUCAACACCGCCCGUGGUGCUAUUGUUGUUAAGGAGGAUGUCGCCGAGGCCCUCAAGUCCGGCCACCUCCGCGGAUACGGUGGUGAUGUCUGGUUCCCCCAGCCCGCCCCCAAGGACCACCCUCUCCGCUACGCCGAGCACCCCUGGGGUGGCGGCAACGGCAUGGUCCCCCACAUGUCCGGUACCUCUAUUGAUGCCCAGAUCCGUUACGCCAACGGCACCAAGAACAUUCUGGACAGCUACUUCUCCGGUCGCUUCGACUACCGCCCUGAGGACCUGAUCGUCCACAAGGGUGAGUACGCCACCAAGGCCUACGGUCAGCGCAAGUAA